UUAAUCGAUCCUUUAUCACCUCUAGUUAAUAAUACAUAGGGUAUGGGACUUAUUCGGGCGAAUGUUUCAUCGUUUGAAUGCCACAGCCACAACACGUGUCACUGUCUUCUAAGCCCCAGCAGGCCAGCAUGUCCCAGCUUUUGUGGAAGCGGUACAAACUCUUCGUCGCCGACGCCCGAAAGGACAGUCUCCCUUCCCAACCUAGACAAAUCUAUACCAAUAUUAAAACCUGAAAUAGUAAUAGAGGAACGAAGAUGGUACCCAUACCCUAUGAUCAUUCGACACUACAUAGAAAAACCAAAGUCAUCAGAAAAGUUUACAGCAUUAAAAAAAUGGUAUAAAUCUAACCAGGAGAAAAGGAGAAAAAAAGCUGAACGGAAAAAGGAUAUGCAGAAAAUACUCGCCGAAAAAGAGCGAAUAGAAAGAGAGCGUUGCUUAAAAGAAUUACGAAGACUACAUUCGCAUCAUCAAUCUCUCUGCUGCAGAUCACGUUCAUUACCAACGUUCGGCAAAUUUUCCAAACCCGAAAAAUCUUGCAAAAUAAGCUAUAAGACUCGCGCAACCACGGCAAAGGACAAAUGCAAACUAAAAAAACUGAAGAAAAAGCUGAAAAGAGAAAGGAGUAGAAGAAGAUCGUCACCGUUUGGCUGCAUCAAGUUUUGUUGCAAUGUUAUUUGUUGCUGCACUAUAUUGACAAUUGUAGCUUUGGCCAUUAUCGUAUUUGUUCUUUAACACAUUUAAUACUAACGUGUCAUACC